AUGUCAACUUUCAGCUGGCGUCCACCAUCUGUUCCCUUUGAGGCGCAGACGCGUGACGGUCUGCCUUUCACCGUCUGGCACGUCUGCUGCGUCUGCCAGCAACCACGAUCUGCUCGUUUCCACGCCGAGCACUCUGUUGACACAAACUCUCCAGUCUUGCCGCCUCCUAGCAUCUGUCGUCGUUGCGCAUCUAAAUCUCCUUCGUUGCCAUUGCCUCUUUCGCUUCCACCUACACAGGCCUUGGUGCUGCAGAUCUCAGCACCUCAGGCCCCAACACCCCAAGUCUCGACACCUCAGCCAGCAUCACAAAUCUCAGCACCUCAGGCUCCUGCCUCGCCCAGCCCACCACCUCAGCCAGACUUUCGAAACAUUCCUUUCCGUCACGUCAAGCCCUUUGCCUCAGAGCCACAGCACGUUGAGCCUCCUCUUGUGCCUGCUUCACCUGUCAAACCUACCGAACCUUCCAUCGCAUCAAUUCCAACAAUCGAGAUCAUGUCUCCUCAUGGUUCAUCCUACAAGGAGUACCUUCUUGUCAAGAGGGCGAAUGAGCGCACAUCAUCCAAGACCACAUCAAGAGACUACUAUCCUCCACCUGCUCAAGACUAUCCACCACCUUCAAGAGACUAUCCUGCUCCUCGUCAAAACUACUCAGUACCCGGAGAAUAUCCUCAGCCGCUGCGAGGUAGCCCCGUACCCUCCAGAGACUCCCGACCUCCAGCCAGACAGUAUCCUGCGCACUCCAGAGACGUCUUUCCGCCCUUCCAGGACUACCCAUCAACAGUCAGCAGCCGCCCAGAAGCAUUCGAGGACCCACCUUUGUACAGAGAUCCCCCUGCCCCAAUUGCAAGCGUCAGACCAACCAAACGUCGUGUUUCUUUCUCCGAAGAGGACGAGGUUGCCACACUUCCGCCAGACUUGGCUUCUGGACGUGAUGACCAUUCCGUGCAAGGUCUUUCUCGGAUGCGCUUGCAACCUCCCAACAUCAAUGGCGAGCCCUCCGUCCAGGACGACUAUCAGUGCGAGAAACAACGCAACCGCACCUACAUCGAUCCUGCCGAAAGGCCUUACGUCCCAGAACCCAAGCGGACUCCUCUCAGCGAGUCUCCCGCACGUGAGCUUCCUCUCGUAGAAGAGUCUUACGCACAUGGUCCUUAUAGAGCAGAGAACUCACCUACACCAAGCAUGCAAGUUCAUGUUGACAAGGAUGAUUUCGUCUUGGACAAGGGCAGCGAACCUCGCAAAGCUCCUCGACAGUAUGACCCUGGACCAGCAAAUCAGAACGAUCGUACAUGGACGAGAUACGUGACGGUCAAGGAAUACAGGGAUGAGAAGGGACCUUUUGUCGAAGUGGAGGAAAAGUUUGUUUUUGACGAUGAGCGUUGA